ACUAGUAGUGGAGUACUAGUAUUUAUUAGCGAGCAAUAGUUAGAUAUAUAGAUGCAUGUUCAUACCUAAUCUCUGCCUCUUCCCUCAACAAAAAAGAUCUUACUCUCCUCCCUUACUCUAGUUCACCACCACCAUCUCCUGGUUCAUUUUCCGACCGUUUUACCUCUCCUUUCAAUUUUGGAAGAACAUCAAAGGUUGAAAGAAAUGCGUGCAAUAAGUAGUGGGGUUUUCUGGUCUGUGUUGAUUCUUUUAUUCACCUCUAGUCUCCAUCAACAACUUAGAUUGUUCAUGGUGUCGGCGGAAGAUAUGAUGCCGCUGGUGGAGCUGGGGAAGGAGGAGGUGAUGGUGAUGGUGAAUGAUAGCAGAAGGAAAUUGGGGAGCUUUCAGAUUUGUUCACUAUGCACUUGCUGUGGAGGUGCAAGCAGAAGCUACUGUUUGCCAUCUCCAUGCUGCUAUGCAAUCAAUUGCAACAUUCCAAACAGGCCAUUUGGAUUCUGUUCUUUCACUCCCAAGACUUGUAAUUGCUUUGGAUGCCAUAUCUAAUUCUUGAUAUUGUUUUUUUAGUUGAGUCUUGUUUGGAAGAGGGAGAAAGUCUAUAUCUGCUCCUUUUUCCUGCUAGUUUAUAUAGUAAAUGUUUAUUAUUUGUUUGAGGGGCAGCUAGCUAUUUCCAGGUAAUUGUUUUGCUCUUCCGAGCUCUUUCUAGGAAAAGGUUAGCUAGAUUUAGCUGAAGCAGCAAAAGCAGUAGUGCAAUAUUUUGGUUCUAAGUUCUAAAGAAUGAUUGUUGAUGGGUUGCAAAUGCAAUUUUUAUCUUGUAAAAUGAAGAUUUAGUGAAGUGAUGAUUUGCAUUA